CGAACGAACCUGCUCCCUGCACGCGCCGUCCGCGAGGCUUGUCUCUUGAUCUCCUGUGCAUGCAUACCCGCAAACGCAAUCCACCGCUGCUGCAAUCUAAUCCUCGCCGUGUCCGCAUCCAAAUUCGCGUGCUCUCUGUGACCGAACACGAUACACGCAGUACAUGUCCUUCUCGAGCACGCCGCUAGGUCAAGGAAGACGUCUGGAUCACCAAACCUUCCUCAACAAGCCCCGUCCAAAGGCACACUCACCGCCUCGCCGCACCAUCCCUGCAUCCUACGCGUACGGAGGACCCACCCUCGGAACGCGCUCCCCUCCCAAAUCACAGAACGCACCCGCUCUCGCCGAUCCGCCAGACGACACAGAAGAACCCGCCCUCGUCCGCUUCGCGCGUCUCAAGCAACGCGAGCAAGCAAGCACCAACGCCCCAUCGGGCCCCCAGCCCAACACAUCUCCCCAUCCCGAGAAGUGGUCCGUCAAAGACACUUCAGUAAACAUCGCAAGCGCAUUCCACACCGCAGCCAAUACCGACGACAGCAUGAAUCCCAACGACUCUUGGACGUCCGGCGCCCGCAGGCAGGUCCCCCGGAGCACGUCCGUGGAGUACGAGAAGGAGACGCAGUCGACAGUUAAUCGACGUCUCGCACCUCCGCCUAGUCGAACGGGCGCUCGCAAACCCCUCUCCAAGGCCGCGUCCAUCCGACACGUACCUGACUCGGAGGGUGAACAAACCGAGCCAUCCCAGUCCCAAGAGCGCAGUCGCGGCAAGAGCCCCUUCGAACACAUCCUCGAUGCCGCACAGCGUUACGCCCCUGUUUCGAUCCUCAUGCGGGCUCGAUCUCGAGAGCCCGAAGCGGAUCAGUCACAUUCUCGGUCGAUCGGGAAUGGUGCCGCGAACGAAAGCUCGAGCUACGACUACUCCGCAGAGGAGCGUGACUACCAGGCACAGCUGGCCACAGAGAAGACUGUUCCGAUAGGCCCCCCAAGGCGAAACACAGUCGCGCAUAAGCGCAAUCGGAUGUCUACAGACAACAAGGCAUACAAGCCGACGCAGUCUGACCUUGAAGUGUCCGACGAAGACUUCGAUGACGAGAACGGAAAGAGAACGCGUCGAAAGAAGAAGAAAGGUGGCAUGGGAGGGCCACCGUUGACAUCCCUGCCCAUCGCCGCUUAUGACAAGAGGAAGAAGAAGAAGCGAGCGAACGGAAAGACGAACGGCGACGAAGACGAGGAGAGUAGCGAAGAGCAGGAAGCGGUCGCAGAGCAGCGUUCGGUACGCGGCCAAACACCAGUUAUCCGUGCGCCGUCUGCGCCACGAGGUUCCAAUCCACCACUAUCACGAUCUUCAAUACCCCCCACAUCACACCCUGACGACCUGAUCCGCUCCGACCAGUCUGAUCCUGAAAACACAUUGCCGCCAAUCCGCGAAAUCGACGAGGACCUCCUUGUGGACGAUUUCGAGACGCCUCGACAAUCAACGUUCUCGAUAGGUGCGAGUCUCGGUCACGGCGUACAUGGCACCUUCAGCCUGGGGUGGAUGAUAAUACGAUGGUUCUUCGGCCUCCUUGGGUUCAUCGCUCGAUUCGUCGGCAAGGUGCUCGGGCUGACGCUAGACAUAACCGUUCACAAACCCUUCCGGUGGCUCACUCAUGCGGACUACACACCGUUCCUCAAGGCAGCCUUUGUCGGAAUCACGAUCUACGGAGCAUGGUAUACUCUGAGGAGCGGUUCGCUGGACUUGUCCAAGCUCAUGCCGUCGCGUUCGCCGUACCACCCGCCCGACGCUCCCGUCACCAACCUGGGCGAGUUCGCGGAUCGGCUGAUGCGCCUAGAGGGUGCGCUCAACAAGCUGACGCAAGAUUCCGAGAAAUCCAAGUCGUGGAUCGAGGGCAGCCGGUCCGAGCUCGUCGGCCUCGUCGGUGCGCUGGAGUCGCAGGUGCACAAAGAGAGCGUCCGCUUCCACGACUCGGAGACCAAGUUCAGGGCGUCGACGAGCGAUGCGAUCCAGGUCGUGAAGCAGGAAGUGGACUCACUGCAGGCGCAGCUUCGCGCGCAUCAGGAGAGCGCGGCGCGCAGCACGCCGGUCCCCAACAACGACGAGGAGGCGCGGGCCAAGUUGCGCACGCUGGAGGAACGCCUGGGCAGUGCGGAGAGCGGGGUCAAGGAGGCUCUUGAGCUCGGGAAGAACGUGGCCAAGGUCGGUGCGUCCACGGGCACCGCUGCUGCAUGGUGGAGCAAGCUUGCCUCCGGAAAUGCGGGCUCAGCGCUGACGAUCAAGUCGAGCGACGGCCAGGACGUGACGGCGUUGAUCAACCAACUAGUUGGUUCGUCAGUAUACCGUCUGGCCAAGGACGUCGUCGCGCGACCGGAUUACGCACUGUAUUCCGCGGGCGCACAGGUCAUCCCGGCGCUCACGACGCAGACGUACGAGAUUCCGCCCGGCGGACUCAUCAGCCAGGUCGCGGGCUUCUUCACUGGCGGCGGAAACGGUGCGAUCGGUCGUCCGCCCGUCACCGCUCUGCACCACGAGAGCAACCCUGGACAUUGCUGGCCCUUCCCUGGCACCCAAGGACAGCUUGGGAUCAAGCUCGCGGGGCCGACCUUCAUCAGCGAUGUUACGAUCGACCACGUUGCGAAGGAGCUUGCGCCUGACCGCCGCUCGGCCCCGCGUUACAUGGAGCUCUGGGGCCUCGUCGAGGGCAAGGACAACCUCGGCAAGCUGCGAGAGUGGCGGGAGGCGCGUGCGUCAAGGCAGGAGGAGGCGCGCAUGGAGGCGGCGCUGAGCGGCGAGCCCCUCGUCGAAGACGCCGAGCCGCCCGUCCCGCCGUUGCUGAGGAACUGGGGCGAGUCCGUCCGCGUCGCGAACUUCUCGUACAACAUCUAUGCGCCAGACCACAUCCAGACGUUCGCAGUCCCGCAGGAGGUCAAGGAGCUCGGCAUCGACUUUGGCGUCGUGGCGCUGGUGAUCGAGAACAACUGGGGCCGGGACGACUUCACUUGCCUCUACAGAGUGCGGGUGCAUGGGCAGCCGCUCCUCGAGGCGCCAGCGCCGUUGUCGGAGGAGUACGCGGGUCCGCCGGCGUAACGCACUUUGCUGCGCUGGACCCAUUGGCGUCCCACUUAAUGACCUGUGACGACACCUCUCUCUCGCUUCCUCUCUUUCCAGUCUAGAUUUUCUCCUGCCUUUAAUCUCACUUAUCGUCUUCCUUUGGCUGGCAGUAUAGUGGUUUCUUCCCCCUCAUACCGUUACCAUCUUCAUUAUUUGCGCCCGAGUCCCUAUUUCCCCCUCUUUUGUCGUCGUAGUCGCGCUCUCAUGACAGUGGUGCAUCUGAUAUCUGCUGUGGAAAGCUCUGCUCAAUGUAAUAGUAGUACAACAUACAUCGUCCGGGACUACCGUCGAAUUGAGAAAUCAUUUGCUUGUGA